UGAAAUUGCCAGAGUGAAGAGCGUCAGCAGACGAGAAGUGUGCCGAGCAUUACAAUGGCGUCAAAUCGGAAGCAUACAGUUGCCACUGCUCUCUGCAGUGAACUAUCAUUGGAUCGAGAACAAUUUUCGCGCAUCCUAGAGAAAGAUAUAAAGAGCCUCUGCUUAGAAAUUACCAGUUCUUCCCCAAGCGCUGCUGCCUUGCUAAAGGAUAAUGAGUUCAUGAAAUGGGUAGAUUUUGCUGACAAAUUCCCAGAGGAUCCAGGGCUGUGCUUUAAGGCUCUAAGCGAAUUAAAUGAAGAUUUAGUUAAAGUAUCUGUUCUUUUAGGCCACGGGUUUGAGCAUACAGCUGCAGAUAUCAUUGUCUUUUCCAUUGUUCACUCAACCGUGAUUGGCCUUUCAAAAGAGGAUAGAAUAAAAUUGCCACACUUGCUAAGAUGGAUGGAUUACAUCCAGAGCAAGGAAGUUGCUGCUAAUCUGUUUGAAAGAAUCGAAUUUGAGAAGGGUAAAUUUGUCCCUCCUAUGAGUACUCUCCCCCUGCCGGAAGUAAAAACUUUGAAGAAGGGAGAAGCUGAUUCAAACGUAAAGAAUCCCGAGCCACAGAAGAAAGAGUGUGGUAGCUCAGAAGAUGUAAAACCUAAGAAGCAAGCUGAUUUGAAAAUAGCCACCGCUGAUAAUCAAACAACUGUAGACAAGAAAGUUCCCAAAAAAGAGGUGGACGAGAAAGAUAAAGACAUUAGCGUAAGUUUGCUUAAAAUUCAGAUUGGUCAUAUUCGAAAUGCAUGGAAGCAUCCAUCGGCAGACAGUUUACUAGUUGAGGAGAUAGAUGUUGGAGAAGCUAAAUGUCGUCAAGUGGUCAGUGGACUGGCCAAGUAUUUUACCCCAGAAGACUUGACUAAUCGCCAUGUGGUGCUCAUAACAAAUAUGAAGCCAUCCAAACUUAGAGACAUGACAUCUGAGGGAAUGGUACUAUGUGCAUCUAAUGACGAUCACACAGUGGUUGAGCCUCUAUUAGCACCAGAAGGGGCAAAAGUUGGGGAAUUUGUCUCCUUUUCAGGACACGAUGGUAAACCAGAGGAUGUAUUGAACCCUAAAAAGAAGCAGUUUGAUAAAAUAGCUGUGAACUUGUUUACAGAUGAAAAUGGGGUGGCGACUUUCAAGGGCAUCCCUUUCAUGACGUCUGCGGGGCCAUGCACAUCCACCCUCUCUCGUGCAUCCAUCAAGUGACAACAUGUUCCACAUUUCUCUGCUGUUUAUGAUUAUAUACGGAGUAUAUGCAGUAUUUUUAAAGAGCCAUUUGAAUUAGAAUGAAUCUGUGGCAAAGAUUUUGUUUUGUAGAGAGUCGUGUGUUGUUUAGUACUUGCUGUGCUUUUUUAUUUUUAAAAAUCUCAAUCACUAUGGGUAUCAAAUCGGAUCUGCUUGCUGAUUUGAGUUUUGGACCCCACGUUCUUCAACCGAAUUCAUGUUGGUAUUACAGCCCCUUAAUUAGCUACGGUUUAAUGCACCAAACCCAUGUAAACCCGUGAUAUAGAAAUUCAGCGCAUUAGCUUCUUGUGAU